AUGUCCAAGCGUGCCGCCGCAGGCGGCGUCGACCAGAUGGUCAAGCUCAUUGUGGGUGCCGGCCAGGCCAGCCCCAGCCCGCCGGUUGGUCCGGCUCUCGGUAGCAAGGGUAUCAAGUCGAUGGAUUUUUGCAAGGAAUUCAAUGCGCGCACCGCACACAUCAACCCCGGCACCCCGCUCCCCGUUCGUGUCAUUGUCCGGCCCGAUCGGUCGUUCUACUUUGACGUGCGGACGCCGCACACAUCCUGGCUGCUGCUGAACACGGCCGAGGUGCCCGAGGGCAAGGGAGGCAAGCGCCGUGGUGCCCAUAGCCCGGGCAAGGAGACGGUCGGCACGGUCAGCCUCAAGCACAUCUAUGAGAUUGCCAAGAUCAAGCAGAGCGAGCCGCGGCUGUCGGGAUCCUCUCUCGAGAGCCUCUGCCGGUCCAUCAUAUUCCAGGCCAAGUCGGUGGGCAUUGCCGUGGUGGCAUAA